AUGAGGAUGAUGGUUGGCUUCCUUCGCAAAGCCCUUAUGCUCCAGGUGAGGUUUACUCUCACAGCUUCACCAACCCCACAAAGCUUGCAUUUUCUUCUCUACCACCUCUACCCAUUCUCAUCUUCUUCCACAUCCAUUUCAACUUCUGAAAAAUCACACCCAUUCACUGUGUCUUACCUCGUUAACUCAUGCGGCCUCUCUCAUAAAGAUGCUCUAUCAGCUUCCAAAUACAUCUACUUUGAAGCCCCCGAAAAACCCAAUUCUGUCCUUGCCUUCUUCAACAGCCACGGCUUCUCUAAAGCCCAAACCUCAAAAAUCGUCAAAACAGAACCUCAACUCCUCUUAUCCGAUCCCGACAAAACCCUUUUACCCAAACUCCAAUUUUUUUACUCCAAAGGCGCUUCCAAGCCUGACGUUGCCAAGAUCGUAGCCUCUUCCCCAGCCAUCAUGAGACGAAGCUUGGAAAAUCAAAUCAUCCCAUCUUAUAACUUCUUCAAAGAUUUUCUCCAAUCCGACAGGAUGGCAAUUACUGUUGUUAAACGCUUUUCCCGGAUUCUACUAUUUGAUAUUCACACCUAUGUAGCAUCUAAUAUGAAUGCGUUACAAGAAUUUGGAGUACCCAAAUCAAAUAUUGCAGGAUUGCUAAGGAAUCAGCCUAUGGCAUUCAUGGUGAGGCCAAAUCUGUUUAGGGAGAAUUUGGAGGAAGUAAAGAAAAUGGGAUUUAAUCCUUCACAAAUGAAGUUUGUUAUAGCAGUCCAAGCAAUAAGAGCCGGGGGGAAAUCUUCCUGGGAAAGGAAGAUUGAUAUAUAUAAGAGUUGGGGUUGGUCUGAGGAAGAGAUUCGGUUAGCCUUCACAAAGUCUCCCUGGUGUAUGAUAUAUUCUGAGGAUAAAAUAAUGACAACAAUGGAUUUCUUUGUCAAUAAAAUGGGCAGGGAGUCUUCUUUGAUUGCUCGCCGGCCCGUGCUUAUCUCACACAGCUUGGAGAAGAGAAUUAUUCCUCGCUAUUCAGUUGUUCAAGUUUUGUUGUCAAAGGGUUUGAUUGAUAAAGACUUGAGUCUGCCAACGGUGUUUCAGUCUACUGAAAAGAUGUUUCUACACAAGUUUGUGAAUGUUUACAAGGAGGAAGCUCCUCAGUUAAUGAAACUUUAUCAAGAGAAGAUCAAUCUUUCAGAAAAGCAAGAUUUUCUUCAAGCAGGAAGUGGUAAUUGUAGAAUGUCCACAUUAUGA